CCCCCCCCCUCCUCCGGACGGGUAUACAAGUCCCAGGCUCCAUCUGUGACCAGACCGUAGUGCAGCAUCCUGGCAAAGAUGAAGGGGCAAAGCAUCCGGCAUCCGGUGAGCGUAGAAGCCAUUGGAAUAAUGCAGCAUGGCGACAAAAAGACCUACAUGUUUUUGGUUUUAUGGUCCGAUCACAACAAGGUCCUGAUAUUUCGAACAUUUGGAGACUUUAAGAAGUUCCAGAGAGAUCUUAAGAAGAAUUUCCCAUUGGAAGCUGGAAUCUUAAAUAAGACGGAAAGAACUCUGCCCAAACUGAAAGAUGCUCCCAGAACUGUGACAAAGAGGAACGCCACCAAGAGGUUCUUAGAAAGACUGCGGCUCCUGGAAGCCUAUUCGCACUCCUUGCUGCAACUGGACGCUAAAAUUUCUCACAGCAACUUUGUGGUUCAGUUUUUCACGCUACAACACCGAGACAUGAAUCCUUCCUUCCCUGAGGACAGCCUGGUCAUCAUGCCGUCCGAGAAAAAAGAGGAAGCGCGAAUAGUCUCGCCCGACACCCCCAAUAUCUCAGCGCCCCUGAGAUGCUACAAAUACAUGUGCACGGCAGACUACGAAACGGUGGAUGUGAGGAACAGACCGCUCAGAGUCAAGCAGUAUGAAUUCCUAGAUGUUCUGCUAAAGGACAGCACUGGCUGGUGGCUGGUGGAGAACGAAGAGCGACAGAUAGCCUGGUUUCCGGCGCCUUAUCUCCAGGAUCAUGGGAAUACGGAAGAGUAUGACAUUGCCAAAGAGUGCCAGGGAGAAGGUACCUUGUGUGUGGUGGUAAACAGCUAUGAAGCUCAGAAUUCGGAUGAGCUUUCGGUAGGGAUCGGCGUUGUUGUGGAAGUCUUGAGAAAAUCAGAUGAUGGUUGGUGGCUCAUCAGAUACAACAGAAGAACUGGCUUCAUCCCAUCGCUCUACCUAAAACCGUACACAAACCCAUGUGAGAAGAUCCAGCAUAUCCUCAGCAGAGAACGCUAUGUUUCCACUCCCAAUCUGCAUGAAGACAAGUGGUUCAGAGAUACAUAUUCUAUCCUAGCCUUCCAACCAAACAACCAAAGUGAUAGAGGACGGUCCCAGUCAUUGGGGGCCACAUCACUUGGGUCUGAAGGUAGAUCUGACCUGGAAUCGGAUACAGAUAGUACUUCUGGAUGCAACAAUAGACUUAGUUCCUCCAAUAGUGGGCACUCUUCAUGUAGUACCUCCAAUUCGUCACUGUCAAUGAGCUCAUCAUUGAAUGGCAUGCCCAAAAUCCCAGUCAGACCCAAACCGGAUGAGAUCAUACAGAAGUGCAGUACAGUCACCAAGAAAAAAGUGCAAAGGUCACUAGUGGGAAUGGAGGCACUAGAAGUCAGCGAGACCCAGCUUUAGGUUAUGAUGAGGAAGGUUGGAGGACAUGGAGGUUGGGAGUGGUUCUUGUUUGUCAUACUGACAGUAUGCUCCCACUUAUCCAUUGAUACUUAUUUUGGCAAAUUGUCCUGAGACGUGUCUGACUUGGACACAGAGAUAUGUAGCGGUAAGGCUAUAGUUGUAGUAGAAUUUUCUCUACCUAAGAUAAUAGAUGAUGUAAAUAUUACAGUGUAGGAACCAUUAUUGAUAGAGAUCAGGGGCUACUGAGUCACUUGUUCUCAGGGAUUGUUCUAAGAUCUGGAACUACUCAUCAUAUCCUGAGAUCGAUUAGAUUUGCCUUUUGGCCCUUCUCAUCAUGUUCUGAGAUCGAUUGACUUUGUCUUUUGAGGUACUUCUUGUUCUUUUAGGCACUUCAUAUCAUGUUAUGUGAUUGAUUAGCUUUGCCUUUUGAGGUACUACUCAUCAUAUCAUGAGAUCAAUUAGCUUUACCUUUUGGGGUACUACUCAUGAUAUUCUGAGAUCGAUUAUACUUGUCUUUUGUGGUACUACUCAUCAUAUCCUGAGAUCGAUUAGCUUUGCCUUUUAGGCCCUUCUCAUCAUGUUCUGAGAUCGAUUAGCUUUGCCUUUUAGGCCCUUCUCAUCAUGUUCUGAGAUCGAUUAGCUUUGCCUUUUAGGCCCUUCUCAUCAUGUUCUGAGAUCGAUUAGCUUUGCCUUUUAGGCCCUUCUCAUCAUGUUUUGAGAUCGAUUAGCUUUGCCUUUUAGGCCCUUCUCAUCAUGUUCUGAGAUCGAUUAGCUUUGCCUUUUAGGCCCUUCUCAUCAUGUUCCGAGAUCGAUUAGCUUUGCCUUUUAGGCCCUUCUCAUCAUGUUCCGAGAUCGAUUAGCUUUGCCUUUUAGGCUUUUCUUAUUGUGUUCUGUGAUUGAUUAACUUUACCUUUUGAAGUACUACUCGAUUAGCUUUGUCUUUUGAGACCCUACUCAUCAUAUCAUGAGAUCGAUGAACAUUGCUGUUUGAGAAAGACUUUAAGGGCAUGCCCUAGAAGAAAAUGUAAAUUAGAGAAUAUCAUAUAUGUUUAGAGUGCAUGUUUAUGUAUUCGCUGCCAUCUUUGGUAUAAUCUUUGUAAGAUUUUGUAUUCAAGUGACAUUUCAAUAAAGGAUG